CGCACAGCGAAGCCGUCCUGCAAGGCAUGUGGAUGGGAACGCGUCAAAAGCGUCAAAUGGCGCUGUCCUGCUCGUGUGGCCCAGCGUCUGGCCGCUGCACUUUCCCACAGUGCUUUCGGAGUUCCCGCCCCCCAACAUCCCACAAAGCAUUCAGAGGCGUUGAUACCAACUAUGGUAAACGCAAUACGGCACUUUUCCCUGGCCUGGCUGUUUGCCGUCGCAUUGCUCCUGGUGGGAAAUGUGCAGGCCGGGCGACCGCUUUCCGGUCAGAUUAUCUCCAACCAGAUUCUUUCAGACAUAUCAGCCCUCGGACCAAAUACGAAAGUUACGAUAGAUGGAGGCCUGUUGACAACAUAUGUGACCCUGGACGGGAGCUUCUCAUUUGCAGACGUCCCGGAAGGCAAUCAUAUCCUCCGGGUUGUCUCGCAUCUCUACUCGUUUGACCAGGUCCGAGUCGUAGUCUCGUCGAACGGCAUUAUGGCCUACGUAUCCCCAGCCGGCACAGAUUGGAAGCGGCCAGGCCCACCAUUGUUGACUCCCCUCUCCCUACCGGCCAGGGGAAAGUACGACUUCUUUGUGCCUCGUGAGGCAUUCAACUUCAUGUCCCUCCUUUCAAAUCCUAUGCUUUUGAUGUCGGGAGUAUCCAUGCUGCUGGUGUUCGUUCUGCCAAAGUUGUCGGCGGCUGGUGCAGAUAUAGCAGCGGCUGAUGCGGCGGCGCAGGAACCCGUGGAACCGACUCCGCAGCUCGAGUUGCCUGACAUCAGUCAAGGACUUGCUAACUUCUUCGCCCCCAAGACGCCGGCCAAGAAGUGA